CUCCCUUUACACCACUAGUAAUAAAGCUAGGAUUCCAUUCACGCGUUUGCAUUUGCAGUGCGAUUAGCAUGUACUGUAAACGCAUAACGCUGUGGCAACCGUACCAAUGUUAACAACCACGUACAAUUCAAUGUGAUCUAUUUUUUACGCUAACGCGUGAAUGUAAUCGAGCUUCAUAAUCUAUACAUGAGUCACACCGGUGUGGAAUGACGCCUUAUUCGAGGUGCUGGGUCACAAUGUUACUCUAGUGUUACUGUGUAGGUGUCGUAGUCCGAGUCUAACAGCAGCAGCGUGUAAUGUUAAGUAUUAAGUGAUAGUGAAAAGUUUGGUGUUUGCUGUGUAUGAUAUAUGGUGUUAGAUAAGAAUGCUACUUGUGGCCUUGGACGGACGCAAUUCUCUCAGCGAUUCUGCAACAAACAACUCCACUAAGACUUGUGAUUAACAGUUAUGGCAGCGCCUUUUCGAUGUUGCUGGCACCUGUGACAAAAUGUAAAUCUUUAUAUCUGUCUGCCCACUGAAGCACUGACAACGACUUUUACAGAGUUACAAACGUACAUGGAUUGAUUUUGAGUAUGUCUUUCGAACGGAGUGAUGAUGGUCUGGGGGUUAAGGAUUAUCGCUUUUUCCGACUGUACAAAGUGAUCAACUGUGAGGCACGUGAGACUAUGUACAGUUUAUACCUUUGGGGAUGCAAAAAGAAACUGGAUGAGACCUUAAAAGAAUAUCUUGAAAGAGACGGAGUUAAUAAGAGUAAUUACAAAUCUUUAUUUCAUGACAAAAUCAUGAGGAAUAGAAUUGAAAAUGAUGCGGCAGGAAAUACAUUUGAUGUGAGCUUAUUGUAUGCCUGCAUCAAAAGUGUCUGUACAUGUCUAGCUAAUAAAGAUAGUCCUGUCUGGCAUGAGGGAGAUGACACAAAAUUAGAGUCCAUCUGCACAGCCAUCAAAAACUUCAGAAACAACUUAAUCCAUUCUCCCCCUGAAAUGGCUGAUGAUGCUGAAAUGAACAGUUUACUUAAAAAACUGGAGGACUGGCUUGAGAAGGCGCUACAGCUGGGUGGAAACCUCUACAAAAUUUCGGGAAUUGAAGUCUGUGAAAAAAUUCGAAAUAUGAAAUCUAACAUAAAUAAAAUUAUGAAUAAUCCCUUGACUAUGAUAGACAUUGAUAAGUACAAGAAAGAAGUGGAAAUGUUGAGGGAGAAUAAAAAGAAAAUUGUAAUUCUAGAGGGAAUACCUGAACUUGCAUAUAAAUAUAAAAACAAAUCCAAGAUCGAUCCAGCAUCAUUCAUUACUGGCAAAGAAAGAUUGCAAGUGAAAAAAGUCUUCACUCAACUAGAGAUUAUCAAAGAACAACAAGACGAUACAUUCAGUUGUCCAAGUGUUGACUACAAGACAAUGCUUGAGCUUAAAACACAGAGUGACAAGAAACCAAGAGUUAUACUCCUGGAGGGUGAGGCAGGUGCUGGGAAAACAACAUUGACUAAACUUAUAUUAGAUGACUGGGUAGAAUUGAAGGACUCUGGUGACACUGAGUUCUCACCUAUAUUCCAGGGCCUCAAGUCAUAUGAUCUGGUUCUUUAUACUGAAGCCAGAAAUAAAUCAUUGUCCAGUUUUUUAUCAUUACUUACCGUACUUAUGUCACAAGCAUCCUAUAAGAUGGAAGAUUCUGACUUAGUGAGAUCUGUUCUUAAUCUAAAUGUUUUACUUAUAAUUGAUGGCCUUGAUGAAAUGAAUGAAGCGUCUGGACAAUUGAUACGUGAAGUAUUUGAUAAGCACAUACCAGGGAGUAAUGGUAUGCUUCAAUUGUUGGUAACUACCAGGCCAAAUAUGUUACCUGACAUUCCCACCUUACUCCACAAUGAGCCUAGAGUACACAUUCUGAUUAAAGGAGUUACACAGGAAAACAGAGUAGAAUUUGUAUCAAAGCUUCAUGAUGAAAUGUUGGCAGAAGGGCAAAGCAAACAGAAAACACAGGAUUUAAUCGACUUCAUGAAACAGUCACAGACACGAUUGGGUGAACAGUACAGAUUACCCCUAAACUUAACCCUUGUGACCUAUCUCUUUGCUUCUGAUCCUGAUCGUAUCAACUUGGUGACAUCAUCCACAGGACUUUACAUUGCCAUGCAUGAACUAAUUCAAUCUCGCUUGUUGAACAGACUCAAAGAUCAAGGCGAAGCUUCUGCAAUGCCUACUUGUGAUUUGGGAGACAAAUGUCAGAAGUUUUUAAAGAAGCUUUACCAUGUUUGUUUUGUGACUCAUUCUUCUGGACACAUACAACUGUCCAGUGAAUCUACAGAUCUGUUAAAAAACGAGUGUGAAAAGCUGAAGCUAAAACACGAUGAGAUGUAUUCUGCCUUUCUUGCUGUAGAAAGAGAAUGGACUCCAGGAGGCUACAAACUUGAUCUCUUUGUCCCACAUAAAAGUAUAAUGGAAUUUUAUGCUGCUUAUCAAAUUUUUAUAUCCAAAUUUGAGAGUUCAGAUGAGGAAUUACUGGUGAAGGAAAUGCAGCAACUUUUAAUUGACUCUGGUCAUGUAUCUAAAGAGGACCAAGAUAAAAUUUUAAUGAUUAUAAAAGGCGACAACAAAAAAUCAUUUUCAAUACAGGAGAUAAUGGAAAACCUUCUUGAAAGUGGCUCAGAUCUAGGAAAACUUACUAAUUAUCAGAAUGUGCUCCUGUACUUGAGUGGACUAAUAGCUUACAACCAUCCUGACAAGCUGAAACACAGUGCAGUAGAGCUGGUGGACCUGCUAGAUGAAGCAAAUGUACAGAACAAGCAGUGGUUGGACAUUGUGGCAGAAACCAAUUGUGAUGACGUGAUGACUGACCUCGUUUCAAAAAAAAUCUACAAUCAACUUGUGGUGCGAGAUGGUCACACUAAAGCAGCACUCAAGAUGUUUGAUUGUUUGUCUACCAAUGUUUCUGUUCAAGUAAUCUUAGAGAAUGAGGUGUGCUUCAUCCCUUACCUGGAAGAGCUGAUAGAUAAACUUUCUGGCAGGAAAUGUCAUGUUGAGUUUCUCCUGAAACAUCAGUGGAAGCACAGUCAAUAUGGCACUUCAGAUACACUCCUUAAAAACCUAACCAAAGAAAAGGGAGAAAACAGAUGCAGAGUGAUACGCUUUACUGGUCAUCUGGAAGAUUUGACAGUGUUACCAAAAGAGAUAGAGAACCUGCGCAUUACAAUAUCCAACAAUUAUCAUGCUACAGCAAUAGGUGAUCAGCUGACUGCCCUGGCUAAAAAACAACACCUUGAUCACCUGGGUGUACACGUGAUGAUGGGAGUUUCACCAGAGAUGCUGCAACCAUUACCAGUAGUGAAGAGCAAAAACAAGGAGGUUGGCACCCUGUGGAUAUCUGAUGUGAAAGUACAAAUGGAGUGGGCAUGUAAUGUGGCCAGAAAACUCUUGCCAGAAGGAGGGCAGUACUGCAGCAUCAUGUUCCCACGCAGCCUUAUAAGUUUUGAUAAUUGUAAGGAUCUGCUCAAAAGACUACAGGAGAUGAAAGUCAAAGUGCGCCAAAAGGGUGGAAUCCGACUCUACUCCCCUGGUCUCACAGCCAAGCAACAGCGUGACCUUCGAGAAAUGGCAAAGGAGAAACUCGACUGUGUAUUUUACUGCACUGCAGAUGACUCGAGCAUGUGGUGAGGGGAGGACCUCACUGAUGCUGCUGCCAGUGUCACCUGGAGCACCAUCCUGUGUUUUACCACAGAAAGAAUGUCACCUGUAGUUCUCAUAUUAUCUAUAAAGGUGGCAUUGGAAAAUUAACAUUUGGUGAUACAGGGUACAGUACUUUACUUAAGGCCCUGUGUUGUAAUUGUUACAUUAUUAUGGAUCCAUAUUUUAAAACGUUGAGUCAUGUGUCAUUUAUGAUUCUGCAAUACCAUUAAUCUUCUAGUUAUGUCUUUCCUAAUUAUGCUAAUUGUUUGUCAUGUCUUGAGAUUAUUUUAAUGGCAAGACUACAAGAGUGAGACCACUAGUAGCUGGGUCUCUCUCUCCCCGGUGUCAUAGUAUUAGUGGCUGUAAAUAUUUCUAAUUAUUAUAUGGACUACACUAAUGUAUAAUAAUGAUUUUUACUCUGAUACAAAAUCUAAUUGCAAUACAGAAUGAAUUUUUAGACCACAUGACAAAAUUGUAGCAUGAUAAAGUCAUCUGCUAGUUUGCCCAAACUCUUAGAUAACUGAUUUCUAAGAUUUUAUAUUGUACGGUACAUACUGUAUAUAGCAACCUCAAGGAAAUAGAAACAUGAAAAGAUCCAAGCGCUUUAGUGAUUAUUCACAUUCUUGGGGAGUACAGAAAUGUACAAGACUGAACUGACAAGAGAGAGUUGAGGUAAUAUAUACAGUACUGUAUGACAACAUUUACCAAGAAUAACAUUUAAAUGUAGGCACUAGAAGAGAUUAUUACAGUCAUUAGAUUUUUUAUUGAUUUUUUAAUUACUGAAGUGAAUUACUAUUUAAUGUUACAUAUAGAUAUUCAUGUCAGAUACAGGUACAGUAUUUAUAAUACUGUAUGAUGAAUUAAUAUUGUAGUCAUGCCUUGCAGAAGCUACAGUAGAAGUCCAAAAAUCCGGAUGCCAGAAAUCCGGACCACCUGAGAAUCCAGACUUUUUGAAAACACAAACUUUCUAAAUUUAGCGGGCUUUUGUGCGUGAGCGCCACAGCUGCACAGUGACAAAAAGCGACCACACGGUCGCCAUUUUAAAACGAGCAAUCAAACUGUGACAAUAUAUGUAAUAUUGUGUCCUAUCUCUUUCCAUUUACCAUAUAUAGCAUACAUAUUUACAAGCCCAUAGUAAUGGCUCCUAAAGUAGAUGAACUUCGUUGUGUGAAGAGAAAGAAGAACACGUUGAAAUUGAGUGACAAACUUGAAAUAAUUAAGAAACUAAAAUGUGGUGUGAGCAAUACUGAUCUAAUGGAAACAUACGACAUCGGAAAGUCUACAAUUUACGAUAUAAAAAAGGCAAAGAAUAAAAUUCCAGAAUUCACAGCCUCGUCUCAGUAUUUGCUAAUGAAUAAACUAUCAAAAUGUA